AUGCUCUUCGAGGUCUGUGAAAUGAACCAUGUUGUCGGUGUUGCAGAGAAACCCGAGUCCUCCAUCACGGACUUCCAUCACCAACCACAGGCUGCAAUGACCAAUGAACAAGGAACUCCUGUCCUUGUUGCAUCAACCAAAUCAUCGACGCUGUGGCGCGCUACCUUUGGUUUUCAAUCGUCGACACCUCGAUCAUCAUCCAAGGGCUGCAAUGGCUAA